UGGCACUUUUAGGCUGGAAGUCACGGAAGUCAGCAACUUAGGGGCUGUGAGUGGUGGGGGGCGGCAAUCGAGCAGAAUUUGCAGGUUGGGGGUGUUUUCUUCUUGGGUGCGUCUUUAAUCCUCCCCCCGGCACAGCGACCAGACGAGAAGAGGCGGGGUUGGCAGUCACCGCUCGCGUAAGGUGAAAGCGGUUGGAACAUUCGGGGGGUUCUGGAACGGUGGGAAUCCUAACAGAGCCACGCCCCCUUUUCUCCCUUCUCCGCCCCGAACCGCCGUCUGCAAGUGGGUGCCCCGGCCUUUGGUCCGUGUUUUCCUGCCUUAAAAGUUAUGUUUGCUGAAUGAUUUUCUUGUUCCUAAAACUUCUCUAGCCAUUUGAGAUUUACUACCUUGGAUUGAAAGCAAGAUGUUGCCUACCACAUCAAUUAAUCCCCGAGAUCAGGGCAAUGGAUCUUUAAAUACUAGAGCAUCAGCAAGACACACAGCUGGGGCAAAGCGCUAUAAAUACUUGAGGAGACUCCUUCAUUUUCGUCACAUGGACUUUGAGUUCGCUGUGUGGCAGAUGUUGUAUCUAUUCACUUCACCACAGAAGGUGUACAGAAAUUUUCAGUAUAGGAAACAAACAAAAGACCAAUGGGCCAGAGAUGACCCUGCUUUCCUUGUGUUGCUGAGUAUCUGGCUGUGUGUAUCCACUAUAGGAUUUGGCUUUGUGUUAGGCUUGGGAUUUGUUGAAAUGAUAAAGCUGCUGCUGUGGGUCGUGUUUAUAGAUUGUGUAGGAGUUGGCCUUCUCAUUGCAACUUUAAUGUGGUUUAUCUCCAAUAAAUUUUUGCUAAAGCAUCAGAACAGGGACUAUGAUGUAGAGUGGGGAUAUGCCUUUGAUGUUCAUUUGAAUGCUUUCUACCCACUUCUUGUUAUUCUGCAUUUUAUCCAGUUGUUUUUCAUUCACUAUGUAAUUUUAUCAGCAUCAUCUCUUGGCUAUUUUGUUGGAAAUACUUUCUGGCUGGUUGCAAUUAGUUAUUACAUCUAUGUGACAUUUCUGGGGUACAGUGCACUGCCAUUCCUGAAGAACACGGUGGUCCUUCUGUAUCCAUUUGCACUUCUCAUUUUGCUGUACGUGGUCUCCUUAGCCAUUGGAUGGAACUUUACAAAAGCACUUUGCGUUUUCUACACAUAUAGAGUGAAAUAAACUGGUCUCCAAUAAAUGACACGUUGUACAAAUGUCAAACCUGGUGAAAUGAAGGUACUCUUGUAUAUUCCUGUAAAUAACUUAUUCCCCACUGUAGAUCAGUGUAUACAAAAUGUUUGGGUUUUUUUAAAGUACUAACAGCCUUCUGACAAUAAGCCUUCUAUAUCCCUCCUUUGUGGAAGAGUUGUAUAUUUCUGUAAUAAAGAU